AGGUACGAAAGAUCCACGUGAUAAAACCUAGCUUUUAAAUACACUGGCUGUGCGCAAAAAGGUCUAAACGUCAGCCAUGAAGUGUGCCGUGUUGCUUUUAUCCGUUUUAGGAGUGGUUAAGGCGAUAAGCGACGCUAUGAUUUACGAUCUCAGUUCACAGCCCACAUGUGAAAUGGUCACCCGGUCACGAAGAAGCGACUGUAGGUGGGUUGCUGGACUUGACAUGGCUGACCUUGUCAUAGAAAAGGGGAGAAUUGUCGCCUACCAGAUCCAAUGGUUCAACGGAGGUUGGUCGACCUGGUAUGUCCCUGGUUUGAACGAUAUCGACUGGAAAUUCAACAUAUACGCAAAGACGUGUGAUCUUACCAGCAAAGCAAAUAGUAUGAGGCGCGUAUGGUCCUACUUCUACGACCAUAACCACAAGUACAUACUCUGCAAGCCACAUUAAGCUGUCGCGGAGCUUCGAUUUGAAAAACAUAAACCUAAUUGCAAAGAACAAGCAGCGAAUUUCUCGGACAAUCUUAUUCGUUCGUUACAUUUGCUUACCACAUAAAGAGGAGACAAACGUGUAUGUUCUGUAUAUAUAAAUUUUGGGAAUAAAAUACAUUACUUAAGUCUAUUUAAACCGCCACAAGUAGAAAUGGGUCGUAUAGAAAAAAUGACGUAAGACAAUAGAGCUAUGGUUUACAUGGCGUGAUAUGUAUUAACUGGGUUCCCUCCAGGUAAUCUACAUUUCGUGAUUGUAAAUUGAUAUAUUUCAAAAGUUAAGGAGAUGUAAAUAAAAAAUCCAGAUAAUUUAAAAUUUUACUGAUAGACCCAAUCCUGUUUGUUUGCGGUUCGUUUCAUACUUGUUGGUAAUAUUAAAAUUAUUUACCAUU